AUGUCACAUCAUUAUUCACCUAACUCAAGUAUAAUCUCCGGUCCCGGCGGGGAAACUCGAUCUGCGAGUGACGUAUGCGAUGGUACUGGACCUUUCAGCUACACGAAUGGCGAUUCCCGCCGAGACCAUGUUCGCUUCGCCGCUGAAUUAGGCAGCGCCGUUGAAGAAGCUGUUGCAUCGAUUAUCUCCAGACACGGAGGUGCUGGUGUUAACAAGAACCUUGCCUGGGAAGCCAUUCAGAGUCUCGCAAGGUCCAAGCUUGAUGGACUCACAGGCAACUUGAUAGCACAAGGGACCCAAGGCUUUUACACUUCUAAUGACUUUGUAUCUGCCGUUGGAGCUUCGCUUUUCUCUCCUGAAAAUGCCGGCUCUACGAACCACGGUGUUCCAUUGAUGACAGACUUGGAUGCGUUCUUCCUCGAUGAACAGCCUUUUGGGCUCGAAGAUUUUCAGACUCUGGAAGUUCCAGACUUCGGGCAUGCCAUUUAUGACGAUGGACCCUUUUCACAGAUGCCCAUUUCGACUCCCUCAUCCGGAACUGUUACUCUCCCGGCUAAUAGUCCAUCCUUACAAGAGCCGUGGCCUGAUGGAAUUUCCGUUGAAUCUUCAGCGACGGGAAGUUCACACACUAUCACUGCUAGUCCUGCUUCUAGACACCAUGGUGUAGCGCCCAAGCACGCGGGACAAAGACUCACGAUACCUCCAGCACGGCACCACGAUUCUUGGCCCCAGCGAAGCUUCAGACCUUCGUCAAAGCGUUCCAUGGGCCAAGCUGAUCGCUUGACACAAGAACUUCAAGAAUCGCCGAGUAUAGAGGGGAUCGGCUUAGUACGGCUUGCGCUGCGGUUCUGGGCCAUGCAGGCUGUGUUUUUCAAGUAUCCCUGGACGAUUACGAAAGGUGCUUCGGACAUAGGCAUGUGGCCGCUUGAUAUACCUGGAUGUUGGUUCGGAAAGACACUACUCCCACGACUUGUCAACCAACAACUUGACAAGGCCUUCGAGAUCCGCAUGGAUGAACUUGAGCGAGAGAUUCUUGAACAACUCCAAGACAUGAUCCUCCGCCGUGACCGAAGCACUCUCGAGAAAGACUCAUGGAACAUGCACGCCUGGGAGUAUGAGAAGAACCGCGAAGGGGGAACCCGUUGGCCUUUGAGAAGGGACCCUUGUGACUACUACGGCCAGAACAGACAUAUCGCAGAUAUACUGACGACAUAUUUCCGCAUUGUGACGAAUGGGCAUGCGCCAUUUGCCAUAGACUGGACAAAGGCUUCAAAUCAAGGGCUCCUGGGUGAGAGUCCCCAUACUCGGUCACUGAUUGAGGGCAUACAGAAGGAUCUGCAGAGUCCCCAGUCCAGUGAGUAA